CGGCAGCUCCUGCGUAGAGGAGUGCGGGAGCAUCGCAGUGGCUGUGGCUCUCGGUCUAGAGUGCCCCUCGGGCGUCGCCCUCUGCUCCUUCUGUCCUGGUAGCGGGAGACUUUCUAACAUCACUAAUCUCAGAGCGAUCUGUCUUGAAGUCAGUGUGGCCACUUGAGGAAGGCACUCCCACCCCCUGAGAUGACGUCCACGCUUCCAACAACCGGGGCCCAGGGGCCAAUGCUGUUUGAGGAUCUGGCUGUGUAUUUUUCUCAAGAGGAGUAUGUGAGUCUGCACCCUGUCCAGAGGUCCCUCAGCAGAGAUACUACACAGGAGUGUUUCGAGGAUAUGGCCUUGAUGGGAGGGGAAGGCAAGACUGAAAUUUCUCAACAGUUAAAUCUAGAGUCUACGGGAUUUGAAGAACUUGCCCCAGAAAACUCCUCCAUCACUGUGCCCCUUAUCUAUUACCCAGAAAAAUCUGAGACUGGAGUUGGAGACCCAGAAAGGAAAGUAUCAGGUGGAGCUCCGGCUUGCAAGAAAAGGUUCAUAAGCCUAUUAAUUACCAUUGAAAACCAAACUCCAUUACUAGAACUGUCUCAGUGUUUAGGAACCAGAGCACUUUCUGAAAUUCUUGAAUUUCCUGGGGAAGAAGCCAAAAAUUUGUACAAGUGUCCUGAAUGUGACGAAAGCUUCAGUGAUAACUCAUACCUUGUUUUGCAUCAGAAAACUCAUUCUGGAGAGAAAAAGUAUAAAUGUGGUGACUGUGGGAAGAUUUUCAAUCAUAGAGCCAACCUGAGGACACACAGGAGAAUCCAUACUGGCGAGAAGCCUUAUAAGUGUGCUGAGUGCGGCAGUAGCUUCCGCCAGCACUCACAUCUGUCUCGGCACAUGAAUAUCCACAUAAAGGAGAAACCCCACACAUGUGGCAUAUGUGGGAGAGGUUUUAUGUGGCUCCCAGGAUUGUCACAGCAUCAGAAAACCCACGCUGCCAAAAAAGCCUAUGAAUGUACUGACUGCGGUAAAUAUUUUGGUCAGAAAACAAAUCUUGCUUUGCAUGAAAGAAUGCACACGUCAGCCACCCAGUACCAGUGCACUCAGUGUGUGAAGUGCUUCGGGCAGUCCUCACACCUUGUCCUCCCUGAGCAGGGCCAUGCAGAUGACUCUGAACACUGCAGUGACUGUGGGGAAAAUAUGCUUUUGUUCUCAAAAUUUAAACCUUUAAAAUGUCCUGAGUGUGCGAAGACCUUCCUUCGUGUCUCUGAGCUUAUUUCCCAUCAGAGCAUUCAUAGAGGGGAAAAGCCCCAUAAAUGCAAAACAUGGGCAAAAAGUUUUAUUUUGGACUCAGAGCUUGCAUGCCACCAGAAGAACCACACAGGAGAGGAACCUUUUAAAUGUACCAUGUGUGGGGAAAAUUUCAGGUUGAAUAUGCAUCUCAUCGUUCAUCAGCAAACCCAUACGAAAACCACCAUGUAAAUAUAGCAAGUUUUCAUUAACGACGCUGUGCUUCUCAGUAUCUAUACUGCAAACUGGGAACCAGUUACCCUUUAUGUACCAGGCACUUUAUAUGCAUUCCAUGUCACGUGUCACUUAGUCUCCAUCACAGCCUUGCUUUAGGCACUAUGAUUUCCAUUUUAUAACCGAGGAAGGAUAAUGUUACAGCUAGUGAACGAAGCCAGGAUUCUAACUCAGUAACUCAGUCACUGUUCACAUUGCAUUUGUAUGAGCCAGAGAAUGAUAUGGAACUUUUCUUUAAAUUCAGUUUUCAUUAAAAUGAAAGUUUGGCUAGAAGUUCUUUUAAUUUUGCUACAUGGUUUCUAAGUAAGUUUUAGAAGAAGGAGAAUUUCCUUUUUCUUUCUUUUUUUUUUCUUUCUCUCUCUCUCUCUCUCUUUCUCUCUUUCUCUCUCUCUCUCUCUCUCUCUCUCUCUUUCUUUUUUCUUGCCAGUUCUGCAGAUCUAGGAUCUAGGAAAAUAAUCUGUCUCUGUCUUACACUUUUUUGGGUUAUAACUAAAUGUAACAUUUGUAAGAGAUGAUAUUUCACAUGUGAAUUUCUGAUGUGGUUUAGGAGCUUUUAUGCCUGGUGUGAAAAGUUCCCAAAUAGGUGGACAAGUUGGUGUCAUAAUGGCUAUUAGUAUCCUUGGAGUUCCAUUCUCAUAUUUCUGAUGCCACUGGCCUUUGUGACUCAUUUGCAAGGAAUUUUGGCAAUCUGACUGUAGCCUUUUCUGGCACCUGGACUUGAUCUAGGGAAAGAUACUUGCUCCUCUCUGUAAGGAGUUACCUCUAAGUCUCUACCAAAGUACAUUACCUGCCUUUCUAGGAAUAAAAGUAACUCUUGUUUAGUGAACAUGCUAGAUGUUUUAGUGGUAUUAUCUAAUUUAAUCAGAUAAAUCUGAUAAAUCUGACAGAGAUUUCUCUGACAGAGAAAGGGCUAUCCUUGUUUCAUAAACAAGGAAACUGAAGCCCACAGAGGUAAAGUCAGUAUCUUGCCUAAGACAAAAAUAGCAAUGUGCUGAAGCUGGCAUUAACCUUGGGUGUCUCUGAUGCUGAAGGUUGUGCAUUCUUCAACCCUGUUAUGUGUUGGCAUAUGUGUUAGGACCGCAAGCAGCCAGGAAGGCUGAGAUGGUUGGGUGAGGAGGAUCAUCAUGGAGGCUACCCUGUGCACACACAUCCUAGAACCCUUUCAUUGCCUUUAUGCUUUAUCCCAAGUCUGAUUUAAUGUGUAUGGUAAUAAAGCAACAGAAAGAUUCCCCAGGAUUUCCAGUUCAAACUCCUAUCGCUAUGAUCAGAUCAGAGAUUGCAAACUCUACAGAGUACAGUCCUUAUGGUUUUAGUUGGAUUUUGGUUUAAAAAAAAAUUUCCUCCUGAUCGCCAAAGAAAAAUACAUACAGAAAACUAUUAGAGUUUAACCAAACUACUUGACAAUAUAUAGAUCUUUAGAAACUGCUGUUACAUAUAAAUAUGGGAGCAAAAUGUUGAAUGGAAUGGUUACUAAUGUUUAACCAGGGAAACUUGUAAAUUACACAGUUUCUCUUUAAAGCAAAAUUGAUUGUGUACUUAUCAGCAAGACCAGUUUUUAAUGGACUUUUGAUCAGGAUGUGAGGAUGGUCUUAAUUUUACUGAAAUAGUACAGAAGUACAGCAUUGAUUAAAGUGGGGUUGUCACUGGGAAACCUCGUGAGCAAUGAUAAGCCUCUUUAGGAGAGUAGUACCUGGAAGAUGGGGUCUUUCUACAGAACAGCCAAUUGAGAACUGAAUAUACAAAAAGAUGCUGGCUACUGCUGUAAGCUUUUAACACUGUUUAGAGGCAAGAAAAUACUCCUGGUAAGGGAAGUGGAGACUCCAUCCCAGCUCCCACUCCUAUCCCCCUUUUUGUUGUUUCUUGUUUGCAGAUCCACAGUUGAGACCCUGUGCUCUGAAAGGUCAUACUAGACUCUCUGUUUCUGAUGUCUCCACUCAAUAUGAGACACCAGUCUGCUAGGGCUUUAGGGUCUUAAAAAGUGAGGUCAUCUGUAGGUGGUUCUUCAGCAAAUCUCUGGGGAGCUUAGACUUGUGUAGAAAAAUGGUCUCUAGUUAGAUUUCUUAUCAGCCAAUUUUGGGAUAUAAUAAUCUUGCUAAAUACCAGAAAGCACUAUCCAACAGCUCUCCUGCUUCUGCCUUUGGUGGCUGAACAGAGUUAUAGGGCAGGGAAUGAAAUUGGGAAAGAGGCCCCUACUUGCACACUUGCUGCAGAAAAUAGGAAAGGCUAUCUUAGAAGGUAUGCGGACAAAAUGGGGCUGACCUAAAAGUUGGAAGCUGCCAUGCUUUCCUUUGCUCCUACGACAGUAUAGGGGAAGGUGAGAAUUUAUGCCAUAUAUGCUGUUCUGCACCUCAGUAUGGGAAGUCACCUUCCCAGAUGAGGCUUCCUUCACAAUUAAAUUCAGGUUUUACAUUUUUAUUUCCCAGAUUUUGUAAGAUUAUGCCAAACCUCCAUAAGAGAUUAGAAAAAUAGCACUUUUAUAAAAACAUUAACAUACACAUGAGUGUAAGAUGCCUUUUUGGUGUAAUAAUCAUUGGGGUUAAUGACUGGUAUGCAGAAAAAAACUGAAACAACUUCGAGUGUCAGUUACUGUGAAAGAGGCAUAAUUUUAGUUGUUGCCUUAUUGCGCGCUUGCAUGUAAGUACAUUUACUGGAUGUAAUUCAAGCUGCUCUGAGCCCAAAAAGUCGGAGGAAGGAGUCAGUCCACCAAUGAGAUCCAUGCUGUUUUUAUGAUGAUGGCUUUUUCACCUAUUUACAGCGUCGACUGAUGGAGCUAGAUUUCACAGUUUGUCAUUAACUGAGAGAGAUUAGCCUGCUAUGUUAGUAUUAACAAAUACUGGAUAAAAGUUAAUGCAGGGAUGAGAAAUGCAGGAGUUUAUCAUUAGGAACGGUUGAUUCACUACCUUUUGCAGCAUGGAUGUUGACAUACUAUGCAGGGUGAGAGCUUUGUACUAAAGAAAUUGACUUUUGAACAAAUGUGGUUUCUCUUGAGGCACAGAUGAAAAUGUGUAUCAAACAAGUCCUUAAUGUGACUGCCCGAAUAUCAGGGUGUAUUAACAGCCAUCAUUGAUACAAACAGCAUUAUUUCAGUAGAUUUCAGGUGUCAACAGUUUAUAUUUUAUAACUAAAGAAAGGGUGGGAUUUAGUUGUUAUACUGGAACGAGUUGUACUGUUUUGUUUAGAGCCUUGUUGCAGUAGUUAAUAGGCUAUUCACAUCUCCCCAUUUAACACAGAAAAUGACGAACCCAGUAUACAGGGAGUGAAAACAAGUGACAUUUCACAGUAAAUGGUGUUUAGAGUCUUUGACUUCUGAGAUUCCAUAUAAUUAAGUGGCAUUGUUCUGAUGACUACAGCGUCUUACACAGUCUGAUACCGCAGAGUUUGCUCAAAGUAAUCUGCCAAUUUGCUGAGUAUGUGUACAAGGCAGAUUAUAGUUUAUCGAAUUAGUUUAUUUUGAAUAGUUCAUUGAACUCAUUAUCUUUAUAGGAUUUCAGUAGUAAAGUGUUUUUGCUUUGACCAUCUGUUAAAAAAAUAACUGAUCUUCAUUUGAAGUAUGUAUAUUCAUCUGGUUUAGUUGUAGAUUUAGAGAGCUAUUGAUUCAAUGUCAGGAUGAUCAUUACCCAUCUUUUCAUGCCCAUCUGGCUACAGGUUUUUUGUCUUUUACUUUUAGACAUCCCUCCUUACAUUAACACCCUGGGGAGGCUGGGGAUAUAACAUAAAUGUAUAUAUAACCCCGAGAAUAUGCUGCAAUCUCCAGUUCGUUUGGAUACCUCAGAAGUAGGUCUGUUAUGUGCACUUGUACUAAUGUUUUGAUUUUACCGAUUUCGGUGUGUUCUCAUCAUUCUUCUAGAAUACACGCUCUUACUAGGCUGUGAUUAAGUCUAUCCCAUGUGCGGUAUGGCAUCUAAUAAAUGCUGUUC